CCUGCUGAGGAGCGGUGGAGGCUGACUGGCGCUAUCGAGGGCACCCUGCUCUGGCAUGCCAGGAGGACGCCAAAACCCAGAAGAGGGUUUUGAGACAGAACGAGAGAGCCUGCCCACCACUGGCCAGCGCAAACACAGCACUAGAGAGAGUGAGAGAGUGAGAGAGAGGGGGGAGAUAGGGAGUAGGGAAGCGAGGUCCACCUUAACCAGAGAAGGAAGAAAAGCAAGGGAGAAAAAAGAAAGCGAGAGUGCGAGUGAGGAAGACAGUGAACGAAAGGAAAAAGACCCCAAAAGAGAGAAAAUAGAAAAGAUGCAACAAUAAUGACAACUAACACCCCCCAUAUUUGACCAUCACUCUCUCCACUCUGGGGAGGGGGGAGCGAGUGAGAGGGCUGGCCGAGGGAAGGAGAGGGGAAGAAAAGAGCGACUAGAGAUGACAGACUGAAGCGACAGAGGAUCAGAGCCCUCACCAUGCUCCCCCGCGCCCCGCUGGCCUGCCUCCUCUUGCUGCUCCUGUCAGGGGUGCUGGGGGGGCUGGUCCUGUCCAUCUGCCCCUCUGUGUGCUCCUGUAGCCGGGGCCACCGUGUUGUGGACUGCUCUUCACGGCACCUCUCACAGCUGCCCCCAGGCCUGCAGCACAACAUCCGCUUCCUUAACCUCUCACACAACAGCCUUCGUGGUCUGGAGGGCCAGCUCAGCCACUACGCCCACCUGCGUACCCUGGACCUGUCCUAUAACCUCCUGGGUCGCAUCCCCUCCGGCCUGCCCAGGGCCCUGUGGGACAUCCGGGCCGCCGGCAACCAGCUCCGAGCCCUAGACAAGAACGACACGGCCUACCACUGGAACCUGCGGGUCCUGGACCUGUCAGCCAACGAGCUGGAGAGGGUGGUCUUCAUCAACAACACCCUGCCCAGCCUACACACCCUCAACCUGAGUCACAACCGGUUCUGGACCGUGCCCACCAACAUGCCUCAUAAUCUGGAGAUUGUGGAUUUGUCCCACAACUACCUGGUUCAGAUCCUCCUGGGGUCGUUGGACCGGCUGCCCAGGCUGAGGAGGUUCUACCUGCAAGCUAAUCGCUUCUCCUGGGUGCCGGAGGGGGUGUUUGACCGGUUGGAGGGGCUCGAGUUGUUGACUCUUGGGGAUAACCCUUGGGCUUGUGAGGAGGAGGACAACAUCACACGGCUCUUGCUCUGGGCCGAACAUACCCGCGCUGCCGUAUUGGGCUGCCCCUGCUACACUAGGCCAACCUGUGGGCAAGCCCAUCUGGCAACUCCAGGAGAGGAGUGGCACUUUGCAUCCUACACAGAGCCUCCGCUGGGGGCUGAUGCCAGAGAGCUGGGCCGUGGAGGCCUCCCACCGGCUAGGGCUGCAGUCGCCACUUCUGGGUACCUGGCUAAGUCUGCGUUAUUGGAACCUGGGAUGCAUGGAGACAGGGGGGUGGCCAAUGGCUCGGGGGACCAGACACUGUUCGUGUUCACCUCCACCCCCUCGCACGGCCUCGUCACACGCACAAGCACAACGGGGCACCCGCGCUCCGCCACAAAGAAGCCCAACACAAAAAGCACGCGGAGCAGAGGCCACGGACUCCACACACAGAUCCUGUAUUCUGUAGUCGCCUUGAACCUUUUAGUCACGGUGACUGCCUUCAAAGCCUUCUAAAGAGACUAGAGCCAAGUCUUGAUGGAUUUUGGAGAGUGCUAACCCUACGUACGUUUGACCCAGAAAGUUUUGUUUUAAAGAACAAUGUUCGACUGUUACUGCCUAAAAAAAAUAUAUAAUGUGUAUUCUCUCUCACCUUUCAACAAUUUGCCAACCAUCUACAGAGUGUAGUUGUGCUGUAUGGCUAGAUCUUUCAAACUCGCAUACAAAUAAUAUCUAGGCAAAUGUAUACACAUACAUGACUAAUAAUACUCUAUCGAUGUGGAAACAUGAAUGCUCUACUCCAUGUAGUCUAUACUGCUUGUCCGUUAUGUUGACAGAUGCUGCUGCGUUUUAUGGUUUCUAUGAUAUAAAGACCGA